AUGUCCUCCAACAUCCCCACCACCGUCGCCCGCGCCGCCGCGACUGACCCUACGCUUGACUUUGUCUCUGCCUCAAAUUCCACUACCUCCGUCGACGCGACUGUCGCAGACAUCGACAUCGACUACGAACAAUGUGGCCGCCUAUUGGACCUCGCCCAGUCUCGAACAGAGUAUUUCGAGGCAGUCGACACGGCCGAGUUGGACGCCGAAACCGAGCAAAUCCAAUCUUUAGCAGGAGGCAAGGAGCGUGAGCGCAACCUCAAAUCCGACAAUUUUGACGUGAAGGAGGGUGCCUUCCAACGUGGCCGCACCGCCAUUCGUAGGCGGUUCAGCAAUCAAUUUGACAAGAUCAGGUCGAGGUCCCGUUCCUUGUCGAUUUCGUCCGCGCGAACCCCUCCCCGCUCGCCCGCAGCCACCGGAGACGCGACUCAAGGUGAGGAUGCGGCCAGGGAGGUCAAGAGGAGGCAACUCUCGCCUGUCGCGCGGGCCGUCCUCACCUUCAGAGAGCAGGAGGAAGGUGUUCUCCAGAUGCUCUAUGGCUCUCCCAAGUAG